AUGGCUUCACUUAAUAAAAGAAAGGCAGAGGAAGAAGUACCAUUAACAGAAGGAUCUACUGAAAUUGCUAGGACCGCCAACGAUAUGGAAUUAAAUCCACAAGCAUCCAUGGCUGCUUUAUUCAGAGCAAACAAGCUGGUUCACGAUCUAAACGAAUCGCAGCUUCGUACCAUUCUCGUUCAAGCAUAUGUUUCUCAUCCCGAGAUAGCUCAUGUGGUAGAUUUGGAGCAUGAGAAGAUGGAACAUCUGAAUGAAGCUCCGUCCGAAUCAGACCCUGAACCGGACCCUAUCUCUAUCUCCGAAGCGGAUCGCGCUGUCAGCGAUUAUAACAAUCUGGAAGAUAGCGAUGAUGAAGGUUCAGGCUUGGAACACGAAGCUUCGAAGAAAAACAGAAGAGUGACGGAACUCAAACAACGCGGCAUCACCGCAUCAUUCUCCUGUUCAUGUAAGACUGGUUGCACAAAUGGUAGAUGCGAAUGCUCCAAGAACUCUUUUAGUUGUGGCCCAAACUGCAAAUGUGCUUCGUGUGCCAAUUAUCUGAACAAAUUUGCCCUCUUUUUCGGAGAAUCGAGACUUCGCGCUACAAACUGUUUUGCGAGUUGGAUGAAAGCACAAGGCCCUGAUCUGGAUCUCGAUUCCGCAUUUACACAAGAGGAACUGAGAAGUGACAUUAUGGGAGUCGAUGAAAAGAAAUAUUACGAUGCGCCUCAAGGAUCAGUAUUCUACGAUGGUUCUGACCCCGAAAUACAACAGCUUGGUGAAGAGUGGCUCGAGGCAAAGACUGAAGCAGAGAGGAAACCUAUUCGGAUGAAGUUAUUCGAAAAGGCAUUUGUUGAGGAUGGUGGGUAUUAUUUCUCUUUCUGCUCUGGUGGAUGGGAGGAAUUUACUAGUACUGUCCAUUGUUCCGUUUGUGAUGAAUGUAACGACUGGAGAGACUGGCAUUGCAAGGAUUGCGGGAAGUGUUCACACGGAAUAUCUAUCCCUUGUGAUGGUUGUGGCGGAGUUUCCAAUGGGUAUCAUGAUCAAUUCGACGAUGCGUGA